CAUCUUUAUGGAUACCACAUUGCUAAGAUUUGACUAGGCAUCUAGCUGUAUUAUUGCUACUAUAAUAUACUCCGUAUAAUAUAUGCUUAGCUAUUUCAUUUCGUGUCUAUAUAUAUAUAUAUAUAUUUAUACACUUAUUGCUCUCAAGAUCUCAAGCUUCAAGAGAUCUGGCACACAAUUAAGCAAGGUUCCUAUGGCUUCUUCAUCUUAUUCUUUACUGUCUCGAUCAGAAUAUGACGUAUUCCUAAGUUUCAGAGGGGAAGACACUAGUAAAACCUUUGUGGGCUGUCUCUACACGGCCCUGAAUCAGAGAGGAAUCAGGACCUUCAAAGAUGAUGAAAGGCUUGAGAGAGGAAAAUCUAUUUCUUCUGAUCUUGUGAAAAAUAUUAAUGAAUCCAGCAUUGCUGUCAUUGUUUUCUCCAAGAACUACGCUAAUUCAUCAUGGUGUUUGGAAGAAUUGGUGGAAAUUCUCGAGUGUAGGAGGACCAAGGGACUGACAGUUUUGCCCAUUUUCUACGAUGUGAAAGCAUCGAAUGUUCGAAAACAGAGAAAGAGUUUCGCAGAAGCAUUUAGACAGCACGAAGAAAUUCGUGAGGAGGAGAUGGAAAGGGUGCAGAGAUGGAGGGAUGCUUUGAAGGAAGCAGCAAAUGUAAGCGGGUUCGAUUUAGAAGAUGUAGCAAAUGGGUAUGAGGAAAAGUUUAUCCAACAAAUUGUUCAAGUAAUUUUUACAAAAUUGCAACCUAUACCAUUCAAAGUUGCUGAGUAUGAAGUGGGUAUUGAUUCUCGAGCAAACAAAGUAAUCAUGUUGCUGAAUGAUAGGUCAAAGGAUAAACUCUUUGUCGGGAUUUGUGGAAUUGGAGGAAUAGGUAAAACAACUGUUGCCAAAGCAGUUUUCAACCAAAUAUCAAAUGAAUUUGAAAGAAGUUGUUUUCUUAAAAAUGUGAGGGAAGAGUCAAAAAAGCAAGAUGGUCUAACUAAACUACAACAAAAACUUCUUAGAGAGACCCUAAUGGAUAAUUAUUUAAAGAUAUCGAACUCUGACAGGGGAAUCAAUGAAAUAAAGGAUAGACUUGGGCACAAAAAGAUUCUUCUAGUUCUUGAUGAUGUAGAUGAUGAGAUACAAUUAACGAGUUUAGCUGGAAUAGGACAUAAUUGGUUUGGUUCGGGAAGUAGGAUCAUCAUAACAACUAGGGAUGAAAGGUUGUUAAUGAAGUACAAUAUUGUUAAAACAUAUAAGGCUGAGCUAUUAGAUGACGAAGAAGCACUUGAACUUUUCAGUUGGCAUGCAUUCAAGCAAAAUGAUCCUGUAAAAAAGUAUCGCAAACUCUCUCACACUGUAAAAGAUUACGCCAAAGGUCUUCCAUUAGCUCUUCAAGUUUUGGGAUCUUUUUUACAUGAAAUAAGCAUUUCUGAGUGGGUAAGUGAACUGAAUAAAUUGAAGAGAAACCCUCCCAAAGAAAUUCAAGAUGUUCUCAAGAUAAGUUAUGAUAGCCUUGAUAAAAAAGAGAAGGCUAUAUUCCUCGACAUUGCCUGUUACUUCAAAGGAUAUAAAGAAAAAUUCGCAAUGGAGUUUUUUGAGAGUUGUGGAUUUCACCCCAUCAUUGGAAUAAAAGUUCUCAUUGAGAGGUCCCUCAUCACUAUAUCAAAAAAUAACGAGCUCCAGAUGCAUGAUUUGAUACAAGAAAUGGGUCGAGAAAUUGUUCGCCAAGAAUCUGAAGAUCCUGGAAAGCGCAGCAGAUUGUGGUCUCAUGAAGACAUCGAUGAAGUAUUUACUAAAAAUAUGGUAACAGAAAAUAUCGAAGCCAUUAUGGUAACCAAGGGUGGGUUGGAUGUAAGUGGUGACGCCUUCACAAAGAUGAAAAAGUUAAGAAUACUCAAAAUCAGUGAUGUGCAGCUUCACGGAUCCCUCACAAAUCUUUCAAAUGAGUUAAGGUAUCUUGAUUGGAAUGGCUAUCCCGAAGAAUAUUUGCCGUACAAUUUUCAUGCAAAAAAACUUGUUCAACUCCAUUUACGUAAUAGCUUGAUCAAAGGGAUUUGGACGGACAGAAAAAUCCUAAAGAUUUUAAAAGUCAUUGAUCUCAGUUUCUGCAAAAAUCUGGCAGUAAAAAAUCCUAAUUUUUCAGGGUUCCCAUUUCUAGAGAAAUUGAAUCUUAUUGGAUGUGCAAGUUUGGUUGAGGUUGAAUUUGAUGACAUGAAGUUUCAAGAUAAGUUAAAAAUCGUCGAUCUCAGCUACUGUAAAAAUUUGAAGAGAAGUCCUAAUUUGUCCCAGUUGCCAUGUCUAGAGAAAUUGUAUCUUCAUGGUUGUAGAAGUCUGGUUGAGGUUCAUCCGUCCAUUGAAUUUCAUGAGAGGCUUCAUCGGUUGAGAUUCGACAAUUGUAAAAAUUUGAAGAUUCUUGCAACAAGAAUUAAUUUGAAAUCUCUUCAAUCGCUUAAUAUCGAUGGAUGUUCAAAACUUGAGAAGUUUCCAGAGAUCCAAGGAGAUAUGGAAUGUUUAGAGACACUUAUGUUGGAUGGGACUGCAUUAAAAGAAUUACCUCCAAGCAUUGGAGAUCUCAAAAGGCUUAAAUGUUUAACUCUGAGAUGCUGCAGAAUGAUUGAAAGUUUACCGAACAUUAUUGACAAAAUGAAGAGUUUGAAGAUACUUCAACUGAAGGGAAGUGCUAUAAAAGAUUUACCUCCAUCAAUCGAACAACUUGAAAGCCUUAUGAAGUUAGAUCUGUAUAACUGCAAAAUGCUUGGAAGUUUGCCAAGCAAUAUUGGUGAAAUGAAGAGUUUAAGGAUACUUUGGCUGAGCUUUAGUGGUGUAAAAAAGUUACCACCAUCCAUUCAACAGUCGACUAUUCUCCAAUUAGAAUGGAGUUACUGCAAUUUAGAUGAAGAAUCCAUUCUCAAUCUUCCUCACUCGUUGUGGAAAUUAAAUCUAAACGGGAAUGACUUUGUUAGCUUACCCGCAAGCUUCUCUCAACUCACAAGCCUUUAUCAACUUGGUUUGAACAAUUGCUUGAGGCUCCAAGCACUGGAGUCACUUCCAGCAUCUAUACGGUGUCUUUCUUUGCGUGGUUGCUCAAGCCUCCAAACAUUGUCACUUCCAUCAUUUACAUCAGAAGUUUUGGCACAAGGUUGCGUAUCACUAGAACGCUAUUCCAUUCAAACAAGUGAUGGAUGUAUUUUCACAGAGAGCCAUAAAUUAGUUGAGAAUCACAAGAACAAGAAGCCAAAUAUAUACGACAAUUCAGAAAUUGAAACUUUUAAGCAAAAUGUCCAUGAAAUUGUUUUCUCUGGAAGUGAGAUUCCAAGUUGGUUCUCCCAUAUUUAUGAGAGUCAGAGUGGUGCGGAGUUCACUAAUGUGCGGUUGAAUAUAGAUCCAAAUUCUUUUCGCUAUCUCAAAGGAGUUUCUGUUUGCGCCGUUAUCGAAAUUAAUCAAGAUCACAAACCAGAACCAUUCAAUGAAGAUGAAGAGAAGAAGAGGGCGGUUACUCUCUCUAUCAAUGGUGAUUCUAGAAAUCGUUAUGAUAUAGGGGAUUGGAUCAACAGAAUCAGGUCAGAUAUGAUCAUGUUGUUUCAUGAACCCAAUAUAGGAUGGAAGUGCAAUUCUGAUGGGUAUUGUUACAUUGAGGCUUCAAUUAGUGGAUCCUAUUCCAAUGGACGACCAUUGAAGGUGAAAAAGUGGGGUGUUCAUCCAGUAAUGGACGUGCAAUAUGAAGAUGAUGAAGAUGGAAUUGAUGAAAACGAAGAAGAAGGGACACGCCAAUGUCUCUCCCCCACACGCGCACAACAGGGAGAGAAAGGGUAUAUAGGAUAGCACUGGGAAGGUGGACCUGUCGUCAAUUUUGCUUCCAAAUGGUAGAUGCUAUCUAUGGGAUACGGAAGGGCAUUCAUUUGUUGCAGGUGCAGAAUGUUAUUCCGGUGAUUCCAGUAUUCGCAGGUGCGGAAUGUUAUUCCGGUGAUUGAUGUGACCCGAGCAUGCGCACAAAAUAAUGCAUAACACUUUGGUUUUGGAAAUGGUAUCAAAUGGGCAUCAUACUUUAAAUUUAUAUAAAAGCCACUUAACACUUAUACCAUCAAGUAUGAAGUGAGAAGGGAUCGUUCCUAAGGGAUUGAACACGUGUUGGGGUUAAACUUGGUUUUAAAGUUAAUUAGAUUGUAAAAGAGAGAGAGAGAAAAAGAGAGUUUGAGAGAAAAAGAGUUUGAUGAAGUGAUUAAAUAAAUUGCAAUGCAAGUAAAUUAAACUAAGGAUUAAAGAGAUACGAAG